GCCGGCGCCUCACGAGCUGGCGUCAGACUGCGCAGGCUGCGGCCUGGCCUUCGUCACCGGCCUGCCGGGCUCCAUGCGGCACCACUGCCGGGCCUGCGGCGCCUCGCUGUGCUCCGCGUGCCUGUGCGGCAGCGUCACCUGCAUGGGCAGCGGCUUCUGCACGCACAAGGCGAAGCUGCCGCUGUACGACUACGACAGGGAGGAGAAGACGUGCCGCGAGUGCCUGCCGGCCGCCCGCGCCCGCCUCGCGGCCCGCGACGCCUGGUCGGCGCUGGCGAGCACCGCCAGGCGGAACGCGGACCACGCCUUCCGCGUGGCCGACUUCCUCGACGACCCCAGCAGCUUCCCCUUCUACGAGCAGUGCUACGUUGACACCAGCAAGGACAAUCCCUGCUCGUGCGGGUUGGUGGUCUUGCGGUCGAUGGGGCCAAGCUGCUGA